AUGGGUGCACUUACUAGCAGACAAAAUGCUGGUGUGGAGGAAGCUGAUGUUGUAUCAAAUCAUGCAUACAAGUAUCCGCCUCGAUCAGGAAAUUAUUUUGGAAGCCACUUCAUAAUGGGAGGUGAAAGAUUUGAUACUCCACAACCAGAAGCUUACUUAUUCGGUGAGAAUGCUGACCUGAACUUCCUUGGUAGCAGACCUACACCUUUUCCAUACCCACCACCUCAAUCUAAUGAGCCAACCAAAACUCUACGGAGCCUAAUCAAUAUCCGUAAGGAGUCCCUACGCUUUGUUCGCUGCCCAGAACCAGUGGGAAAAUUGAGUGAGACCAAUAAAAUUGGAGAUGGCCCUGUCAAAACUGUCGAUAAUAAUGGCAAGGGCACUUAUUACAAUAUUGAGUUUACAUUUGACUGUGAUGUCAGAUGUGCUAUUACGGUGUUCUACUUUUGCACUGAAGAAGUUACACCAACUGGUAUUGUACACUACCCUCGUGAUUCAUCUAUGUCCUCCCAGACUUACCAUUACAAGAAGGGAGCUAAUCAGCAGUUUUGUCAAAUCUCUCAUGUGUUUGACCCUUCAAAGUAUCCAGAAGAAGAUCUUAUAUACAAUGCAGACCGUGAAAUUAUUCCCAUUGCAAUUUAUUGUGUUGUAGAUGAGGGGCAAGAUGAAAUUAGGCAGUCACACACAACUAUUGCUAUAGUAGAGAAGCACUUAGAUGGAACUUAUGUCUUGAAAGCUCUAAAGCAAAAAUUGUUUGUUGACGGAUUGUGUUAUCUGUUACAAGAGAUAUAUGGUAUAGAGAAUAAAAAUCUUGAUUCAAAGCCCACCUCAGAUGAGGAAACCGAAGAUGGUGGGUCUGAAUGUGUUAUCUGUAUGUGUGAUGUCCGUGACACACUGAUACUGCCAUGUCGGCAUCUCUGUUUAUGCAACUCUUGUGCGGAUUCCCUCCGUUACCAGGCCAAUAACUGUCCAAUAUGCAGAGCUCCGUUUAGGGCUCUGUUACAAAUAAGAGCCCUUCAGAAGAUUUCAGCUUCGCCGACGUCACCUGCCUUGUUGCCCGCUGCCAGUCCACCAGAUGGCAGCAUGGAGAAUAUCCCAGCAGGUUAUGAGCCGGUCUCCCUCAUUGAAGCCUUGAACGGACCUCGAGCCCGUGUCGCUCCCCUCGCCCCACCUGCCCCGGCCAUCGCCAGCCCCGAUACGGAUACAGCGUCGCAGGCCGCGGAAGUUUUAAACCGUUGCGUAGUUGAACGCAGCUCUUCAACCAGUUUGGGAAGUAGACGCAGUAGCUGUCGAGAUGAAAAGAGAGAUAGACUCGCCCAGCAUCCACUUACACCUGAGUUCCGUAUGUCAGUGCUACUCGCCCGUGAGCAGUCCAAACGUGACGAGAAAGCUGCCAGUCCCCUUCUUCAGAAACACAACAGCACCAGUGUGCCUGACAAACUCUCCAAGAGCAAGACCUCCCUAAACUCCAUACCGACGUCAAUCCAUCGUUCUGAAGAAGAGAGCUGCUCCUGCUCCGUGGAGGGGCGAAGUGAAAUCGGUUCUGGUGAUUGUGGGGCAAAUUAUGGUGAAUGUGGAGCUGAUUGCGGGGUAGAUUGCGGUGAAUGUGGGGUGGAUGGAAACGGGGCUGAAGAUGGAGAACCUGAUAGUGAUGCGGAGAGACGUUCGCCGCUUCUUACUCAUCUUACGCAUAACGGGAUUAAAGCGAAUGGCUCUUUGCGUACUCCGAGCGUGGAAGCCAUUCGACCUGCGCUCGCGCACAUUGACGACACUGAUAAUGAAGAAAAUGAACAACACUCGGACCCGCUCCGUAGAGACGUGGAGUCGCCGGGGGUGGCCGAAGACUCGGACUAUUUCACACCGGAGGAUACUAACACCACGAUACUGACUGUCCCCAAGCCUAACGCAGAUGUAGGUAAUAAGAUCGAAUGCGCGCCACAACGUUGGGCUUUGCCGCAUCAUGUUACGUCGUUGCCUGGUACGCCGUUAUCGCAGUCUAGCGUGCGUUCGUCGGGGGAUUCUUACAGCUCCACGUCUUCCACUCGUCAACUUCUCGCGACUGCCCCACUAACAGCAGAUACUCCUUGUUAA